AUGGAGAGGGAGAGCAGUGAAGAAGAGAUUGCUGCUUCAAGGAUCCCAAGAGGAGGCCCAAUCUAUCUUCCCAACAUGGUCAGACAAGUUUCUACAGUGCCCGAGUUUCAAUCUUCGUGUCUCAGUCUCCUCCCUGAUUUGGAAACUCAAUUAGCUUCUCCUUCCUCUUCUCACCAAUAUGAUAUCUCAUUUUGUAUUGACGAGGAACUCACUGAUAUGGCUAUGAAGGAAGCCUUUAAGGAAGAUAACCUUUCUUUACACCAGCAGCAAGAUGAUGUGAAAAUACAUUGGCUGGGAAUGGAAGUAGGAAAAGAAGGAGGACUGUAA